AUGGUUGGACUCUCUGUUCGCUCUGUCGUCUUCGCCAUCCCCAUUGCAGUGAUCAUGACUUCGCCUCUGGACGCUUCAGCAUAUCCCCAUAUCUUGGAGAACAUCUUAGGCCAUCUACAAGCCGACGGCCUAUACGGUAGUCUCGCGCACUGCCGCUUGACCAAUUCGGCCGUCAAGCGAAUCAUCGACCGACGUCUCCCUCGUCGCGCACUUGUCUGUUGCCACCCAAGUCUCGAUCUCGACUCACUGGACGACCUCGACAGGCUCGAGGAGGCCUUUGAGGCAGCCGAACAGAGUCCUGGAGACACUGCCUUCUUCAGGGCCAACACGCUCAUGUGGAACAUCAACACCGAGGGCUGGGUUGCGUCCCCCAUUGACCAAGUUGUUGACAUCUUCCCUCCCCUCCAGGCGCGGCCCUGUUGUACAGGCGAGCCUUGGCCGGGCGUGGAGAGACUCCCGGUCGUUCGCUACCUUGGCCGUCACCACCACCAUGACAGUCUUCUCAUCGCCGACACCGCGAUCUACUUCCCUACUCCUACGAAGAAGGAGCACUGCUACAUCGAACUUCCCACGACUGCCCGCCGAGUGGUCAUCAACAUGAGGUACGAACCGGGUCGCUGUCCCAACGAUAUCAGUGUAGGCUACACUGGGCCCAUACCACUUGAAAGCCGUGGCAUCGACGGUUGGGUCAAAGUCGACCAAGAACUUGUCAUCAUGUUCACUCCUAUGGCUGGCGCGCCUUGCCUCGACAAUGAUCACAUUGUAGGAGUGGUCUCCGGCGUCACUUGGGCCAUGUUUGACAACUUUGGUCUGCAAGUGGUGUUCCUGGCGGAGGAGUGGGACGCUGACUGGUUGUUGGGACGAUUGCCUGUCAAGAUCUCCAAGAUCACCGACAACCUCGAACGUUUCCGUGCCGGGUGGUUUGAGCUGGCCGAUCGCAGUAUCCAGAGGAACAUGGACAGGGUGCCUGAUGAGUCGUAUCGCAAGCGGGUCAAGUUCAUGUCCAAAGCCGCGUACGAGGCUGAAAUCCCCUCUCGCAUGUUCAGUCUCAUGUUCUCGGAGUAG